UCUCGUAUAAAACUGGUAGUCUCCCGCCCCGUAUUUAGUGAUGACAAAACAAAAAAUGGUCCUUAUAGCAUUUAUUGUAGCGCUUGCGCUAGCUCCAGGUCUUAUGUCUACAACUGUACAAGCCGGAGAAUUGUCAAGCAUCCAGAACUUCCCAGGUGUAUACGUCCCACCUUCGUUAUUGCCUCCAGAAGCUGUUCAUCCACAACCUGAAGAAGAACCAGAAGCAGAAGCAGUAGUAACUAACCCAUGUAACGCCUGUUUUGAAUACAUGACCGAUUUAAUCGACCAACUUACCGAAACUGUAGUCAUCCCAGAAAUUGAAGCUCACCCAAUGCCAGAAAUUGGAGUUCUUCCAAUUCCAAAUCCAGGAGCGACAGUACCAGUCGGCCCCAGACCUAUAGGACCCCUUGCAUAACUGAAUGUUUAAUUGAUUUCGCGACUUUGAAAUAUAGUAAAUUUAUAAAUAAUG